AUGCCUCUUGUUAAUCAACUGCACGUGCUGAGCAUCAACAUCAGUCCGUCUCCUCUGAGGCUGAAGGACACCGUGCUGCCCACCGGCUCCAUCGACGCCUUCCUUAGCAACCAAAUGGAUACCGAGGACAAAAUGCUUGACUUCGCCCGGUGGAUGGACAACUUCUGUCCUGCUGAUGCUUUGAAGGCCUACAGCAUUGACAGCGCCGGCAGCUACUUGAGGCCCUUCCAGUUGGGAUGGCGCUCAGAUUUCGGAAUUAGCGGAAUGAUGGAGCCGGAAACGGCCGAGCUCCUCCUGGAGCUCAUACUCACAGAGGGGUUCCUGACUGACCCCAACGUUGUCGGUGUCGAGAAGUUGGGCGUUACGAUGCCUCCACCGGAGUACCUCGACGGUGGCAUCACGGAAUGCCCCGCCAUCAGCCUGGGCAGUGCUUUGUUGCCACCCUUCAGUGUCGGGUACGUGAAAGGGUGGAAAAGAGCAGUGUGCUUGAUCCUGGCACUCUAUGGAAUCAGAAUGCUGGGAUUGGAGGCAGAAGUGCCCCACCACAUUCGUGCGGUGAGCAUGGGCACCAUCCACUGCUCCUUCGGAGGAGCCGAACAGCAGUUUUCGGAGACUCAGAACGAGAUAGAUUGGCACUCCCAGACUGCCAUUGCGAAGGCCUUCCAUAUAGGCCGGAAUGAAGCCGGAGCUGUGCAGCAGCUCAUCACGGCCGUGCCGGAGGAUGUGAAAAAUGCAUUGGCAGCGGCAGUGAAGCGACGAGGCAUGGUGAAGUUUGUGGGCCAUGAAGCUUUGGCACGACAAAUCUUCAGUGCCUCCUACACCAACACAUCGCCGGGCGUGGAUGCAUGGCGGGACCUCCUGACAAACGCCCCGGGCGAUUCCAGGAUUGCAUCUUUGUUGGUGGAGCGCCUCGUCAGCGACUUCGACCUCGCGCCCGAGCCCCUGCGCAAGGCACCGACCUAUAAGGAAACGGUGACAAAGCAUGCUUGCUGUGCUGCCAUGCUGCACUUCCUCGGCCUCUUGGAAGCCAUGUGCCCCGGCAAAGAGUUUCCUGAAUUGCGGCGGCAGCUCAUGCAUCAGUUCCAUCACGGCUACUUGGACACGGACCUUGUCCACGUCCUUGAGAGCGCCGUGCCGCCAGCAGAUCUGAAAUCUGUUUCCGCCUUCAGGGCGGUGGCGGUCCAGAUCGAGACCCAAGCGCAGGCAGAGAUGGAUGCGACACAGGCAGAGCAUGCGCGGCAAGUCCGCGAAGCCACCCUGGCCCAGAUCACCGCCUUGGUCGAGUCUGACAUGAAGGCAUUGCGCCAGCGGACCCCAGACCAUGUGCUCAAGGCCAUCGCUACGGCAAAGGAUUUGAAGUACGUCAAGGACCGGCAGACGUAUGUGCUGUGCCUUUGCGAUUACACGGUGCUGCCAGCGAAUGUGGAUUACGUGAGGGACUCUGUGGAGCUGCUGGCAAACUUGCUUGCCAGCAGCUCCAACAACCUGGGCCACUUGCAGCUUCCGCUGCCGCAGCGUUCGAUGGCUUCCUCAACGAGCGUCAAGCACAGGCGGACCGUGGAGGAUUUGUUGAUGAAGGCGAAGAUCAACGCGGACUCCGUGACAGCCCUGCUCUUCGAGAAGCCUGCCGACGCAAGUGCAUCUGACAAGCGGUCCCUGACACAAACCUGCUUGACCUGCCUCUUCAGUGGUUUCGAUGCAACAAGCUGGACCGCUUCGCGAGUUUUGCAAGAGUGCCGAAUGGGACCCUUCCCGCUCCUGAAAGUCGCGGACUUCCUGGGCUACGAGAACUCGCGGAAGGGAGUGCCGCUGCAUGAGGGCAUCCUCGAUGCUUUCAUGGAUGGCAUGGGCUUCGGCGAAACGGACCGGCUGGUGAUCGUGGACCUCUGCCCCAACAGGCAAGCCGAGUUUGCCCGCGCGGCCGUGAACAAGAUGAUUGAAACCGAGGGCAAGAGUUGCAUGCGCUACGUCGGCCUCUUCCGCCCGGAGCAUGCUGACGUGAAAGCCGACCUCAGCGGCAAGAUCUACUCCUGGUGGGAUAGCAGCAGCGCCGCCCCUGCAAAGAGGCGCACUCGAGAUGAUGUCGAUUUGGACGCGGUGGCCGUGCCGCUGCAGAUCCUUUCCCUCCAGGGCUCCAAGCCCGUAUGGCCGUCUUCGCUUGAGGACAAGUUUCCGGCCGGCACCCCGGAGCAUGCAAAGCUCCUGCUAUUGAACCAGGAGUUUUUGAAGGAGUUCCCCAAGCCACGAGCUCUGAGCCAGGUGGGCCGACAGGCCUCUUCGGUCAGCCAGCUGACCCAGCGCCUGGCUGCGGAGUGCGACUACUCGCAGGAUGGAGAGCCGCUGGACCUUGAGCGGUGCGUGGACCUCGCAACGGUCCCCGUGGCAGAGCUGAAGGAGACCGUGCUUGCCAUGGUCACUGGGCGCCCCGGCAAGCCCAGCAUCAUGAUCACGGCCGAGUACGGCUUGUGGAUCGGCAACACCAGAAACGUGCUGGAGGAAAGCUCCGGGGUGCCCUGGCGAUUGGGCAGCGACAAGGAGCUCAUUGUCGUGAACAAGGCAACAUUGCCACUAUGCGAAUUGCUGCGGCUGAAGGCCACGGAGGAGGGCCUCGUGAAUGUGGAGGUGGAGUCCCACGUGGUGCUGCCCAAGCCUCCGACUGCUGCUGCGGCAGACGAUGCUGAGACCCAGCUUGAUGAUGACGAAGCCCUAUUUGGGUUCAGAUAUGAUGUGGCCCCGACCGUGAGCUGCAAGACGAGUGUCUUCAAGCCAGCAGUGUUGAGCAAAGAGGAGACAGAGACAGUCCGUGCUGUCUCCCUCGCCGCUCUCUUCAGUGGUAACUAUGACCGCUUGCCCCGCAACAAGAUUGCCACUGUGGCUUGGGAGGCCGUGGUGCUGCAACCACUGAAAGGUUGUCGGGCAUCCUCUGUGGAGUCAGUCGUGACCGUGAGCGGGACACCGCCCAAGAUCAUGCCGAUCAAGCCGAAGAUCUACUUGACCUGCAGCGU